UUCCUUUCCAACUUCCAUUGCAUUUCAUCAUGAGAAAGAAGGCAAGAAGACAGAGCGUGAACAAGAAGAAUCUCAAUGAGAAACAAGAUGAAGAAGAAAGAGAGAAAAUAGUAGAGAAAGAAGGAGGAGGAGGAGAAGAAGAAGAAGAAGAAGAUAGAUGGUUGAAAUACUAUUCCUCAUUCCAUCAGAUUCUUCUAGUUGGAGAAGGAGACUUCUCUUUCUCACUCUCUCUUGCAAAAUCCCUUCAAUCUGCCUCCAACAUUCUCGCUACUUCUCUUGACCAAUAUGAUGUUGUUAUAAAGAAAUACAAAAAUGCAAAGUCAAAUUUGGAGUAUUUAGAGAAGAUGGGAGCAACAAUUUUACAUGGAGUCGAUGCGACAAAGAUGAAACUUCAUACAGAUUUAAAUAUGCGGAAAUUCGACAGGAUAAUCUUUAACUUUCCUCAUGCAGGUUUUCGUGGAAAGGAAGAUGACAUGCAUCAGAUCAGGUUGCACAGGAACCUAGUGAAAGGUUUCUUAAACAACGCCAGUCGAAUGCUUCGACCAUAUGGAGAACUUCAUGUAAACCACAAGACAACUUACCCGUUUUGCUGCUGGAAAAUUGAAGAACUUGCUUCAAAAUGUUCUCUUACAUUGCUCGAGUGUGUGAUGUUUGAAAAGACGGACUAUCCGGGUUAUAAUAAUAAAAGGGGGGACGGACCAAGAUGCAAUGAUCCUUUCCACUUGGGAGAGUGCAGUACUUUCAAGUUUGGAAUUGUCGGUACUCGCCACUACAAGAAGAAAGAAAUGAUGAUAGGUUGUGCUCAUAAAAAAUUCCUCGUAGACAUGUCUGGAACCCAAGGCGGCGAUCCGAGAAUUGUCAAUGGAAGCGAGCAGCUGCAAGCAUAUCAUAACAUUAUAAAAGAGAUGUCCGAAACCCAAGAUGGCAAUCCAGGAAAUUUCAGUAGAAUUGAUCAGCUGCAAAGAUAUCAUACCAUGACUAUGCAAGGGAUGCCCAUGACUCAAGCUGUGAAUCCUGGAACUCUUGGUAGAAACAAUCAUCUGCGUGCAUAUGAUCUCAUGACUGUGCCCAUGAUACUUGAAGCACAAAAUGGGAACCCAAGAGUUCUCAAUAGAAGCGAUCAUACUCCUUGCAUUGGUUAUCCACAUGCACACAAUACCAUACCCGUGCAAGCGUUGCCUGAACCCGGACACCAUGAUCUCGGGGUUUUCGGUAGAAAUUACAACUCUCUCAAUGCUGGUUACACACCAAUGACUUAUCCUGUAACGGUCCCAUACAGGUCAGUAAGUUCCAGUCAUCCCCAACCGGUUAGGAUUAGUAGUGAAUACUUGAGGAUCUUCGAUGGUUAUCUAAGCCAUAAAAAAGAAAUGUUUGGAAGGACUGAUUAUGAUUACUGUGGUGUUGCUCAAGAAUUUUUGAAUAAAGGUUAUGAGAUCUACAUGAAUGAACAACAGCCAGGAAGAAAUGAGCAUCGGUACAUACGGUAUCUCCAACAACAUCAUCUGAGUAUUUCGAGAUCAGAGCAACUGAGCAGAAUGUCGCUAAGAACCAAUUUCUAGUUGAAAUCUAGAUGUUCAUUCUUUUGGAGAAAAUCUAAAAUCUUGCUAAUACUGAUCGCUGAUUGUGAAGAUGGGAAGUUGUUCGUUUUGUCUGGCAGUGGUUUAUAUUUUGUAAAUGAUUGUUUUGGGCAGUUUUGUUUUUGUUGGUGUGUUGUUCUUAAGCAUGGAGCUUGUGAAUUGUCAAACAAUAGCUUAUACAGGUUUUUUUAUGGGUUUUGAGAACAUGCUUGGAAUGGAAAUUGGAGAACCCUUGAUGAA